AUGUCCUUCGCUCGCACUUUCCUUCAGACCACCCGCGCUCUGCGCUCCCAGAGCAGCAAUCCUCUCCAAGCCGCUCUCACUCACAGGGGCCAGUCCAAGUUCGCCGCAACAUCAGUAGCCACCGCGCGAGCAUACGCCACCGUCUUUGAGCGCAGCAAGCCUCACGUCAACAUCGGUACCAUCGGUCACGUCGAUCACGGAAAGGUAUGAAAGAGCAAUGGCGGCCAAUGAAUGCGAAAGAAGAGGUCAUGGAUGGUACAGGAUGGAAUGGGAUACUGAUCAAGGAAUCAUAGACCACUCUCACAGCUGCCAUCACCAAGCGACAGGCCGAGAAGGGCUAUGCCAACUUCCUCGAAUAUGCCGCCAUCGACAAGGCUCCCGAGGAGCGGAAGCGUGGUAUCACCAUCUCGACCGCCCACAUCGAAUACCAGACCGAUGCCCGCCACUAUGCCCACGUCGACUGCCCUGGUCACGCCGAUUACAUCAAGAACAUGAUCACUGGUGCUGCUUCGAUGGACGGUGCUAUCAUUGUCGUUGCUGCUAGCGAUGGUCAGAUGCCCCAGACCAGAGAACAUUUGCUGCUUGCGCGGCAGGUUGGUGUCAAGAAGAUUGUCGUUUUCGUCAACAAGGUCGAUGCGGUCGAGGACAAGGAGAUGUUGGAGCUCGUCGAGAUGGAGAUGAGGGAGCUGCUAUCCUCAUAUGGCUUCGAGGGUGACGAGACCCCGAUCAUCAUGGGUUCUGCUCUUUGCGCCAUGGAGAACCGUAACGAAGACAUUGGUGUAAAGAAGGUCGAUGAGCUACUUGAGGCUGUUGAUUCUUGGAUCCCAACUCCAGAGCGUGACAUUGCGAAGCCUUUCCUCAUGGCCGUCGAAGAUGUCUUCUCGAUCCCUGGACGGGGAACUGUCGCCUCGGGCCGUGUUGAGCGUGGUGUGCUCAAGAAGGAUUCCGAAGUCGAGCUCGUUGGCAAGAACAAGGUUCCCAUCAAGACCAAAGUCACCGACAUUGAGACCUUCAAGAAGUCCUGUGAUGAGUCCCGUGCUGGUGACAACUCGGGUCUGCUGCUUCGUGGUGUCAAGCGUGAGGAUGUCCUCCGUGGAAUGGUCAUUGUUCAACCCGGCAGUGUCAAGGCCCACAGGAAGUUCCUCACCUCGAUGUACGUCCUGACUAAGGAAGAAGGCGGCCGACACACUGGUUUCCAGAACAACUACAAGCCUCAGCUCUUCCUGCGGACGGCCGACGAGGCUGCUACUCUGACCUGGCCCGAAGGCAGCGAGCAAGCCACCGAGGGCAAGAUGGUCAUGCCUGGCGACAACGUCGAAAUGGUCUGCGAAAUCCACAAGCCCCUUGCGAUUGACGAGGGUCAGCGCUUCAACGUCCGUGAGGGUGGACGUACUGUUGCCACUGGUCUGAUCACCCGUCUGUUGGACUAA